CCCUAUCUGUCACUUCUAUCUUUUCUUAUUCUAAUAUUUUACAUUAAUUAUUUUUUUGGGGACAAAAACUAUUUUCUAUUGAAUUUAUUUUAUUCUCUUAAUAAUUCUCUAAAAUGAGAAUAACUACAGUCUUAUUUAGACGUAACCGUCUACCAAAUGGACAUCUUUUUAGAGGAAAAGAUCGUUUAGUAAAAAAGGUUGAAACAAAACAUUUAAACCGUAUCAAGCAAGAUUUUGCUGUCGAAGAGCAAAACAUGUUUUAUCUCCGGUUUCCUUAUUUAUCAGAAGUCGAAAGUAGUGGUCAUGCUAAAGCUUUGGGGAAACGAGAACAGCGAAAAGAGAAAAUACUGGAACAAAACCAUAGAUAUUUCAAAGAAGAUGUUACUUUAUAUGAACGCCUGAAACAUCUUCGGGUCAGUGAGGGAUGGGAAUAAACUUAAUGUACUAUAAUUAAUGUAUUUUGUAGAGUAUGUAAAAAUUUAAUUAUAAAAAUAUAGAAUAUAGAAAAAAUGUUUUU